AAAUAAAGGGGUGGCACUAGUUGCCUAAGGGACACUCCGAUGUCAAAGUCAGAAAAACAAUAUGAGAGUAAGCGCAUGUAGAAAAUGAAGUAAAAUCUAGUCCGUCUUUGUUACCUCCCAGAAGCUAUUUAUAGAGGCAUCAAAGGAAAAGAUAAUCAUCCUCCAUGAGUAUAUCUUCAACAAUUUUCCUUAUUAGUUGGAGUGAUCCCUUCCUUUUAUAGUGGUGGUGUUAUCUAGUUAACGCCCUGCACCUGGGCCGUCGUAGGCUAUUGGGCUUACGAGUAUGAUGGGUUUAUAGACGUAUUGGGUCCAUAGGUACCAAAGAUCCCUUCCAGUUACCCUACUAAUUUUCUUCGUGGUACACGUGGGAAAUUAAUUUGUUCUACCCCGCUAUUCUCAGACAAGUGAUAAUUUUAAAAUUCACCCCACUGGCUUCUUCAAAUUUUAAUUGGAUACACCCCGCUAGAGUCAUGACACAUGUUCAUAACCAUUCCCACUUUCAUUCUUUUUCAUUUCUAAUAGUGCUAACCGUCGGUACACGAUUAACCCCUCAGCUUCCCAAUGUCCUUUCAGAACAUCACCAUUGUUCUUUUUGCUUACUGCCUUUCCUUCUUUCUUGGUUUGCUGCCAUUUGAAAAAGUCCUCGGUGAGCUCUUCUUUUAGAUUUUUUCUCUUUACCUUCUUCUUGUUUUUGUGAUUCUCUAUACUUCUUUGUGAAAUGGCUCUCCAUAGUGCCUCCCUAAUUCAUUCUAUAAUGGAGACCCCUCCUAGGGUUUCUUCUCCUCCAGAAGCUAAAUCUUCUGAAGGCCAAACAACCCCUUCCUUCGAAGGAUUUCUUCACACUCAACCAUUUCCACUAAGGAAUUGACUAACUUGCAAACAAAUUGUCGCGUUCUCAAGUUUGUGGAACUAUUGAUUCCCCCUACUGAUGCUGGUGCUGUUGACAAAAAGGAUUUUUUUGGGUGUGUGGCCCUCACUACUAGUGCCCUGACGAGCGAUUUAGGACUUCCAUUUUACCACCCCAUGGUCAAUGUUCUCCACUUUCUUUAGAUUUCUCUUACCCAAAUCUUCCCACAUGGUUGGCGUGUACUAUUUUGUUCCUACGUAGUGUUUCGCAUGGCAUUAGAGCCCUUGGGGGAAAGGCACCCCGAUUUGACAACUCGUGAGUUCUUUUCCUUCUAUUAUGUGAACCAAUUGCCAAGUAAUAUCUGUAGCUUUCGUGUUCGAACAAAUGAUCAAAGGUUGGUAGCCUUUGAACCCCGCCAUUCUCAUGCUAAAUCUGGGAACAAAAAGUUUUUCUUUCUUGGUGGGAAGGGUUGGGAGUUUCCUACUUUUGAGAAAAGCAUCCUUGAUUUCCCUAUUCAAGCCAACUAGGGAAAAAUUUCUGAUGACAAACACAUUUUAAUUGACCUUACUGGUCAUGAACUAGAAUGCAUUGACACAAUUCUGAAUUGGGCCAAGGACCAUGAUAGGAAAACAAAGACAACGAAACCAAAGAUAGUUCCCUAUGGACCGACAAGUUACUGUCGCCGUCCAACAUUGAUAGAUUUUUUGUUAUGCUUGACCAUUCCCAUGUAAAGGACCCAAAGCUAAAUGCGAUGAACACUUCUUCUAAGAAGAGGUCUGCUUCAUCGCCUUCUUCUAAAACCCCUACCAAAUGAUCUCACCAAGUGGAUAGUGAGAGGCCUACCAGAUGCCCAACUGAAGUUGUGAAAGAGGCGACUAUUGACAUGGGUCUUAAUGAAACUGUUGGUUCAAGUGUUGCACCAAAUCACUUGAGGAAAGUAUCUAACACACCCCUAUCGUAGCUCGAUUCUCCAUGCCUAAAAGACCUUGACGAGCUUAUGAGCCAAGCCCUCAUGGAUUUGACCGCAACUUUGGAUGAUGAGCCACCCAUUGGUGACACCUUCGAAUCUCUGUCUCUUCUUGAUCUAUACCUUCUGAUGGUGAAUGCAAUUUUGACAUCUUCAAUGCCUUUUCUAUGGGUGUGGUUGGGAUCACGAUUCAUGAGGUGACACCCGUUGGCACUGAUCAGAUUGCAAGCCCCAAUACCUUAACUUCCACUACUUCCGAGGGCAUGACCCUCCCCUCAGAUAACGAACGGGUCUCUUUUCCUUUCCUUCCUUCUUUGGUGGUGACCUGGAGGCUUCAACCCCGCAACUUUGGGUGAUGAGCCACCCGUUGGUGACGCCUUCAAUUUCCCAUCCCUUCUUGAUUCUACGCCUUCUGACAUCUUUAACGUUUUUUCUAUGGGUUUGGCUGGGAUCACAAUUCCUGACACCCAUUGGCACCGGCCAAAUUGCAAGCCCCAAUACCUUACCUUCAACUACUUUGAAAGGCGUAACCCCUCCAUUAGAUAAUGAACGGUUCUCUAUUCCUUCCAAUUCUGCAUCUUUUGGUGGUGACCUGGAGGCUUUGACCCUUAGGGAGGGUGGUAAGUUGUCAGAUGGCGACCCGGCAUUGGGGAAUGAUAGAAGAGUGGAAGAUGAAAGAGAGAUUGAUAGUUGUGAAGGUGAGCAAGAUCUCUCUGCCAUUCCAGCUCACGCUACUUCCACCCCUAAGAUAGAAAUUUCCCUCAUGGCAGUCACACCUGGGGUAGAAACCAUGGCCCCACUAUUGUACCUGAACUACAUCCCUUGAGAAGGACUAAUACCGAGGGCAACCCUACCAGAGUGGAGGAAGUGAGCUUGUCAUCAAUGGGUACUUCUUCCCCUUAUGAGGCCAUGAUGGAGAUGUUGCACCGCCUAAAGGACUUCCUCAUGCUAGGCGUAGAUAGUCUGGUGGCUUGGGUCAUCAAGGAUCGCCACAACAUGGAAUUUGAGGUUAGGGAGAGGCACAAGUUUGCCAUCUUCACCAGGCAGGAGAUCACUCGUCUAGUGGCUGAAAACACCAAACUUUCUUGCCACGUUGAGAAGCUCUUGACUGAGAGGGCUGAGCUAAACUACUAUCUUGGUCAAGCUAAUGGGCACGUCCAAUCCCUUGAAUGCAAGCUCGAUCUUCUUUGCGAGGAGGCAUCUAAUCUCCAGAGUGAGUUGCUCCACCUCGGGUCCCUAAACGCCAAGCAAAGUUUUGCCUUACAGUUGGCAUUAUCUGAGUGCGAGUCAGCUCGCACCCAAGUGAGUGAUGCUAAGAAGGAGCUUGAAUCCUCUCAUAAACGGUUGGCGGUGUUGAAGCAACAUUGCUCAGAAAGUGCACAGGUGUUGGCGGCCUCAGAAGAGGGUCGCACGCAACUCUCUCUCAAGCUCUCUCAAACCAAGGUGUCACAUGAAGCCCCCCAGUGGGAGCUCAGACUUCAAUUAUCUGUCAGUAAGGGAUCAUAG